UAUGAAUUUGCUGCUCACAAGGAUGGGCCUGUUUAUUCACUCCGGGCAUCGCUGGUAGAACGCUAGAGUAAACAAGCCCCUGGUUCCCAGUAGCCAAGGAAGUGGGCGCCCACUGUUCUCCCCGGGGAGCAGGGAAGGUGGGGCCAGGUUGUGGCCACCGCGUGCAGAGACCGCUUUUCUCAGCCACCGGACAGACGCCGUUAGCCCGGGAGAAGCCAGAAGCGCCAUUGUGAUGCAGCGGGAUGGGUGGAGCCAUCAAGUCUCAAUUUAGAUCUCUCUGCUUUUAGGCGCGCCCAUUUCAGCUUGCUAAAUCCUGGUGCGAAGGGGGGGAAGAGGCAGGCAGGAGGGGGCCAGCCACACCCAGCAGGGCGCACACUCGGUGGGCUGCAGACCCCGCGGGCAGACGCCGAGAUGCGCUGUCGGAGCCUCCUGAGCGCUGCCCACCUUCUCUGCGUGUGCGCGACCGCGCUGGCCGCCCGGGGGUCCCGCUUUCUGGUGACAGCCCCAGGGAUCAUCAGGCCUGGAGCAAAAUUGACAGUUGGUGUGGAGCUUCUAAAACAUGGCCCCUUACAGAUCACUGUAAAGGCUCAGGUGUUAAAGAAGGCUUCCAACAGAACAGAAACCGUCCUAGAAGCAGAAGGAGUCUUUAAAAGAGGCUUUUUCAAGCUUCUUACCCUUCCAUCACUACCUCUGGACAGCGCAGAUGAGAUUUAUGAACUCCUUGUAACUGGACAGACCCCGGAUGAGAUUUUAUUCUCCAACAGCACACGCUUAUCAUUUGAGACCAAGAGGAUGUCUGUCCUCAUUCAGACAGACAAAGCACUCUAUAAACCAAACCAAGAAGUAAAGUUUCGUGUGCUCACACUUUUCUCUGAUUUCAAGCCUCUUAAGACGCCGCUGAACAUUUUCAUUAAGGAUCCGAAGUCUAAUUUGAUUCAACAGUGGUUCUUUCAACAAGGUGAUCUUGGAGUGGUUUCCAAAACUUUUCAGUUAUCCUCUAAUCCAAUACUUGGUGACUGGUCCAUUCAGGUUCAAGUGAAUGAUCAGCAAUAUUAUCAAUCAUUUGAGGUCUCAGAAUAUGUGUUGCCAAAGUUUGAAGUUACCUUGCAGACACCGUUGUAUUGUUCUUUGAAGGCUAAGAAUUUAAGUGGUAACGUCAUAGCAAAGUAUACAUAUGGGAAGCCAGUGAGGGGAAUCGUAACACUUACAUUUUUCUCUUUAUCCUUUUGGGGAGCAAAGAAAAAUAUCACAAAAUCCUUUGAGAUAAAUGGAUCCACAAACUUCUCUUUUUCUAACAAAGAGAUGAAGAAGGUAAUGGGUUUCUCGGAUGGACAUCAUGUACACAUUGACCCUGUCAUCCCUGGGCCCAUUGAGAUUGUAGCUACUGUGACGGAAUCACUCACAGGUAUCUCAAGAAACGCAAGCGCCAAUGUGUUUUUCAAGCAAUACGAUUACAUCAUUGAGUUUUUUGAUUAUGUAACCGUCUUGAAGCCAUCUCUCAACUUCACAGCCACUGUGAAGGUCAGCCGCUCUGAUGGCAAUGCACUAACUCAAGAAGAAACAAGAAAUAAUUUAGUCCUGGAAGUGACCCAUAGGGAACAUACCGACCUCUUGAGCAGGUGGAACAGUCAAGAGCAGGAAAUGGAUACCAUCCAGAUGAUAAAUUAUACCGUCCCCCCAAAUGGAGUCUUUAAGAUUGAAUUCCCUGUCCUAUACAAUACCAGUGAGCUACUACUGACGGCUUCUUUUCUAGAUAGUGUAAGUAAUAUGGUAAUUCAUGGCACGUUCACCUCUCCUAGUCUGACCUUCAUUCAGCUUAAAACCAGAGAUGAGCAUAUCAAGGUGGGAUCACCGUUUGAAUUGGUGGUUAGUGGCAACAGAUAUUUCAACGAGUUAAGCUAUAUGGUAGUAUCAAAGGGACAGUUGGUGGCUGUAGGCAAACAAAAUUCGAAAACUUUCUCUUUAAUACCAGAAGCUUCCUGGGCUCCAAAGGCCUGCAUAAUUGUAUAUUAUGUUGCAGAUGAUGGGGAAAUUAUAAAUGAUGUUCUAAAAAUCCCUGUUCAGUUUGUUUUUAAAAAUAAGAUAAAGCUGUUUUGGAGUAAACCCAGUGUCAAGCCUUCUGAGAAGGUCUCUCUUGGGAUCUCUGUAACAGAGACCGACUCCAUAGUUGGGAUUGUAGCUAUUGACAAAAGUGUGAAUUUGAUGAAUGCCUCAAGUGAUAUUACAAUGGAAAAUGUGGUCCACGAACUGGAACUUUAUAACACAGGGUAUUAUCUAGGCAUGUUCAUGAAUUCCUUCGCUGUUUUUCAGGAAUGUGGUCUCUGGGUGUUGACAGAUGCAAAACUUGUAAAGGAUAACAUUGAUGGUGUUUAUGAUACUGCAGAAUAUUUUGAUCGGUCUGCGGAGGAAAAUGAGGGGAACUGGAUUGGUUUUCAAGACUUUUCUUUGGUUAGCAACCCACAUGUCAGGAAACAUUUUCCAGAAACAUGGAUUUGGCUAGACUCCUACAUGGGAUCCAAGGUUUACCAAGACUUUGAAGUUACUGUACCCGAUUCCAUCACUUCCUGGGUGGCUUCUGCUUUUGUGAUCUCGAAAGACUUGGGUCUUGGGUUAACAACUGCUCCAGCAGAGCUGCAAGUCUUCAAACCGUUUUUCAUUGACUUGAAUCUUCCCUACUCUAUUAUCAGAGGUGAAGAAUUUGCUUUGGAAGUGAUCAUAUUCAAUUAUUUGGAAAGUACCACUAAGGUUAUAGUGCUCAUUGAGGAAAAUGACACCUCUGGCAUUAUAAUGUCUUCAAAUGAUGCCAAUGACACCACGUACCAGCAGACCGCUCUGGUUCCCAGUGAGGAUGGCGUUACUCUGCUUUUCCCCAUCAAACCAACACAGUUGGGGGAAAUUCCCAUCACAGUGAAAGCUGCCUCAUCCACUGCUACUGAUGUGAUCACCCGAAAGAUUUUAGUAAAGGCUGAAGGAAUAGAGAAGUCAUAUUCACAGUCUGUCUUACUGGAUCUGACCGAAAACCAAGCACAAAUUAUGCAGAAAACUUUGAAUUUCUCAUUUCCUCCAGACACGGUCAAAGGCAGUGAAAGAGUUCAGAUCACAGCAAUUGGAGACAUUCUUGGUCCUUCCAUCAAUGGCCUGGGCUCAUUGAUACGGAUGCCUUAUGGUUGUGGUGAACAGAACAUGAUAAAUUUUGCUCCAAAUAUUUACAUUUUGGAUUAUUUGACUAAACAGAAACAGCUGACAGAUAAUUUAAAAGAAAAAGCCCUUUCAUUUUUGAGGCAAGGUUAUCAAAGGGAACUUCUCUAUCAGAGGGAAGAUGGCUCCUUCAGUGCUUUCGGGGAUAGUGACCCUUCUGGGAGUACUUGGUUGUCAGCAUUUGUUUUACGAUGUUUCAUGGAAGCUGAUUUCUAUAUAGAUAUUGAUCAGAAUGUGUUACAGAGGACAUAUAAUUGGCUCAAAGAACAUCGGAAACCCAAUGGUGAAUUUUGGGAGCCAGGAAGAGUCAUCCACAGUGAACUCCAAGGAGGCAAUAAAAGCCCUGUAACACUGACAGCCUAUAUUAUGACUUCUCUCCUGGGCUACAGAAAAUACCAGCCUGUUAUCGAUAUACAACCCUCUAUCAAGUUUUUGGAGUCUGAAUUCGACAGAGGAAUUACAGACAAUUACACUCUAGCACUUGUAGCCUAUGCCUUGUUUUCAGUGGGGAGUCCUAAGGCGGAGGAUGCUUUGUACCUGCUGACUCAGCAAGCAGAAAAGAAAGGAGACAUGCAGUUCUGGCUGUCAUCAGCACCCACGUUUUCUCAGUCCUGGCAGCCACGCUCCCUGGAUAUUGAGGUCGCAGCUUAUGCCCUGCUCUCACACCUGCAGCACCGUGUUUCUGAGGGAAUCCCAGUCAUGAGGUGGCUCAGCCGUCAAAGAAAUAGCCUAGGAGGGUUUGCAUCCACUCAGGAUACUGUUGUGGCCUUGAAGGCCCUCUCUGAAUUUUCAGCCCUAAUGCACACGGAAAAUACAAAUAUCCAAGUGACUGUCACAGGUCCCAGCUCACCGAAACCCAUACACUUUCGGAUUGACACACAGAAUCGCUUUCUCCUUCACACAGCAAAGCUUGCUGUGCUAGCGCUAGAGCCCACUGUAAUUAGGAUUACUGCACAAGGUUUCGGGUUUGUUAUUUGCCAGCUUAAUGUUGUUUAUAAUGUGAAAAGUUCAGAUUCUCUUAGAAGAGCGAGAUCUAUUAAAAACCGUGAAGCUUUUGAUUUAGAUGUUGAUGUGAAAGAUGAAGAUGAUGCCAAUCAUGUGAAUUUGAAUGUGUGCACAAGGUUUUUAGGCCAAAACAAGACUGGCAUGGCCCUUAUGGAGGUUAACCUUCUCAGUGGCUUUACUGUACCUUCAGGUACAAUUCCUCUGAGUGAGAUGGUGAAGAAAGUGGAAUAUGAUCAUGGGAAAGUCAACCUUUAUUUAGAUUCUGUAAAUGAAACCCAGUUUUGUGUUGAUGUUCCUGCUGUAAGAAACUUCAGAGUUUCAAAAACUCAAGAUGCUUCAGUAUCUAUAGUGGAUUACUAUGAACCAAGGAGACAGGCAGUGAGAAGCUACAACACCAAGGUGAAGCUGUCCUCAUGUGACCUCUGUGGAGACAACAGCUGCUAUCUCUGUAUGAAUGGAGCCAUGGACUCCCUUCGGCCUUCUUCAAGCCUCUUCGCUUCUUGUUUCAGCCUUCUGUACUUGGUGCGACAUUGGCUAUGAUUUAUUUUUCAAGGACUUCAUCUAAAACUAGCAUUUCCAGAAAGCCAAGUGUGAUUGUUUUCUUUCUACAACAGAUGAUUGCCUCUGACGAUUUUGAAAAGCAGUUGUUUCACUUUCUUUGGGGCGUUCUGGUUUUGGGGAGUGCCUGCCGCAGAAUGAUGAUGCUUGUGUCUCUUUAUUGCCCCUUCUUGGAAGAAAUGUUUUUAGAUGCAUUUGUUUUCCCCAGAAUAAAAAUGUUAUUUUUCAUUAUUCA